GACACUGUCGAGGGAGAGAAGAGAGAAACGAGCUCUGGAAACGAAAUAACACAAUCACUUUACACACAAAUCGCGCACCCACACACACGCACCCACCAUGGAAGGGUUUUCGCGUAUUAAUCGCACCAUGUCGGCAGGCCCAGGGCCACCGAAAUCGCCCGCGCCGCAUCCACCCCGACGGGGCCAGAGCGUUACCGCCGGGAGGCUCACGCGGUACAGGAGCGUGCGGGAGCACAAGAGCGUGUUGGACUUUGGACGCAACUGGCGGGACUGGGAGGUGGAUAUUUUCCAGGACGACGAGACGGUGUCGAAUGCGACGACCGAGACGGGUACGGCGACGAGCAUUGCGUUGGGUCUAGGCAUUGGGAUUGCCGUGGACGAGGAGGAGGAAAGUGGCGUUGCUGGUGAUGAUGGACAGACAUCGGUCUCGUCGCCGCAUCCUCAGUAUCAGUAUCAGCAUCAGCAGCAACCACAGCAGCAGCAAACACCAGCUUCGUCGGCAAGGAGGAGGCGCACGGCGCCGUUGCUGUCGACGCCGCCGCCGCAGACCCCAUCGGGAGCACCGCAAUUGACUAUGCAAUGGCAGUGGCCCGACCUCAUGGCCGAUACCGGCGUCAGCGACGGUUCAUCUCCGUUUGAUUUCGACAAUUCUUCGGUCAGUCGUGGUGCAGUAACACCAGGAGAUGAAGGCUAUGGUGCGAAUUAUUAUUGUCGUGGGGGUGUUGAUGCUGGAGAUGGUGCGGUUGGCGGUGGAAAAAGAAUGGCGGUCCCAGCCCCUCCCGAGUCCCCCGUGCGGUUCAGCUACCCCAAUCGAAGGCGACCAACCAAGACGGCCCCCAAACCGGAUCUUGACGACAGCUGGAGCCCCUUGCAUGGAAGCUCGUCUCCUCCUUUUUUUUCUUCUUCGCCGCCUUCUUCGUCUCCAAAAUCCCCUACCACUACGACUACGGAUACCAGGUCAUCUCCUGCGGGUGGUCGUGCUAGUUGUAUUGCUGGUGGUGGGAGUGCAACUGGAACAGACGCAUGCGGCCCCUAUGGCCCCAGACCCCCAAGCGAACCAGGUUCCCUAUUCUCCCUAGCGCCGUCCUAUUCCGGGUCCACGUCCCCAGCCCCAGGGGUUCCAGGGGUUCCAGGGGUUUCCUCCACUCAGGCCGCCCCUUUGUACGCCUUGGGCCCCUGUCCGUCGGCCCCGUCUGCAGGAUCAGCGUUAUUACCACCAGCGCCAGCGUCAGCUGCUGAUGCGUCUGCUUCUGCUCCUUGGUCUGCGGCACCGAAACCGAACCUCCUUGUACCACAACCACCAACACCGCUGACGACAGUACCUCCUACACCACCAUUGCCCGUGGUCGCAGCAGUUCCAGUCGUCCGCGCAUUCGCACUUGCGCCUGCAUCUGCUUCUGCGCCAGCGCCAGGAGAAGGAUUCCAAGGAACGGCACCACUUGAACCAGUUACACCACCGCCGCCAAUACCGCAUCACCCUCCUCCUCCUCCUCCUCCCCCUCCACCACCACACUCGCUAUUACAUCGAACACAACCAUCUCCUCCUGGAUUGGGACUGGGACUGGGACUGCUUCCGUUGCCCUUCCCGGCUCAAGGCCAAGCCAGAGUCCAAGCCCAGGCACAUCAUACCCGAGCACGCGACCUCGUCCCGCCUCCCGGUCUCCAUCUGCGCCCUCGUUCGCACAAUCCAAUCUUGGUUUCUUCCCACUCGUCAUGCGCCGACCUGAAGCUCGCUGCCAGGGCUGAACACGCUCGCUCUCAAAUCAUCACCAAGCUCGCUCUCCAACCCGACCUUGACAACAACUACUACACCUCCAACAACACCAAUAAGGAGGAACUCCACAACAGCAACGACCCCAACUGGGACCAGCAACUUGCCCGUCAAGAAGAAGAUCGACAGCGCCGGCGCCACCAACAACACCACCAGCAACUGCUCGCUCAGGAAGAAGAGGAGCACCGACGUCGCAAAGAACAGGAAGAGGAGGACGCUGCUCGCUGGGCCGAAGAGGUUGCUCGUCUUGAAGCAGAGACCGAUCGCAUUUUAGCAGACCAAAAGGCAAAAGACCUUGCGAGACUCUCGGCUCAAUUGGCAGACCAAAAGGCAAAGGACCUCGCUCGACUCCAGGCUCAAUUGGCUGCCGUACCCGACGCACCAGCCUCCCGUGUCCGGAGCCCCAUUGUCGACAAGUUCACCUUCUUCUUGAGAAAGGGUCGCAAGUCCGACCCUGCCACUACUCUCACAAAACCUCCCUCUCAAUAUUUUCAACCCCUCACCCUUGAUCACAGGCCCGUCAGUGUCAUGGACCCCUCCCGCUUUAUACAAGCCGGUGGUGGCGGCAUUGUCCCCCAGACAGAUGCUCCGACCUCUGCCAGCAAUGCUGGAGAACGCCGAGUGACGAUACGUUGCAUGCAAUCGUCAAUCAGUCUUCCCGUCACCCCGGAUACUACCCCGAGUGAGAUUCUAUACUCGGCCGCCAACCUCAUGACCCACAAUAUCAACCCGCAAACCAGUGUCGUGCUCGAGUGCUACUUUGCGUUUGGUCUGGAACGCCGCCUGAGACGCUAUGAGCCAGUGGCUCUCGUGAUGAAUUCCUGGGACCGCGAUACGCAGCACUGCCUACUCAUCGUACCGGGUGAACCUACGGACAAGAACCCCGACCUGAACAUCGAAAGUGUGCCCCGCACCAUCGAUCCGCCCCCAGGUCUCAUCAACUUCGCGCUAUACCACUCUCAGCGGCCCGGUAAAUGGAACAAACGCUACGUCACGCUCCUGGAGACUGGGCAAAUGUUCUCGGCCAAGAAGAAGGAUGCCAAACUGUCGGACAAGGAUGCCGUCUCGCUCUGCCAUCUGUCCGACUUUGACUUAUAUACAGUCACCGAAAAGGACAUGCUGAAGCAGAUUAGAGCUCCAAAGAAGAAUUGCUUUGCCAUCAAGAGUCAACAGAAAUCAACAGUCUUCCAGAAUACGGAAAACUUCAUUCACUUCUUCGCCACGGACGAUGUCAAGCUCGCGGAAGACUUCCAGAGAGUCGUGCAAGGGUGGCGUAGUUGGUACAUCGCAAACAAGAUAGUUGACUUGAACAAGAAAAAGUCAUCUACACACAGCAGCAGUGCGAGAAGCGGAACAAAAACGGGCGGCGGCGGUCUCACACGAAGCGGCACUUUGCACCGGCCCCGGCCAUCCACCGAAGAGACGCCAUACACCAUUGGAACGUUCUCUCCGCUCCUGGACAUGGACAGGUUCGAGAAAUCGAUUGACGACUUUGGGAAGGAUUUGGACAACAAGCCGACGGCCCGACCGGCGGACCAUCACUCUACACCCAGACACAUCCAGUCUCAAAAGGUUGUCUCUCGAUCUAGGACCACGCCGAAUCUGUCGCAGCCUCAGACAAGGAGACUCAUCGACCCCUUUGCCAAAGACGAGUUCAAAUCCGGCGGUCUGCUGGGCCAGGCUUACGAGGGACGCAAGCAGCAAGCAGAGAAGGCUGCUGCCACCGCAGAUCAUCAACAAUAUGCAGUUGAUAGUCCGUUCACCGGUGGGCACUCGCUGCUCGGCCAGUUCCCAGAACACGAAAACAACGGGAUGCCGCAGAGAAGAGGCACGGUGCGUUCGUCUCGUCCUACGGCGACGGACCCUAUGCCCCAGCCGCGGAGUCGAUCACGGCCACCCGCCGGACGCCCGACCACAUCAUCGCGUCCCAAGACAUCAGACGGCGGGUCAUCUUCAGGGAAACGAGAGAUGCCUCAACCUCUUGUCGACCUCACGCCGAAGGUGCCAGACCUGCCCGCAGCUUGGCGAGAUGGUCAAGGUCGCGGUGUACGGGUGCCCACUGGGAAGCCCCUGAUCGAGAUGGCGACUGGGCUGGAGCUGCCAGACGGACACCUCGGGCCGCAGCUGCCAACUGUCACCCGAAUGGGCACGGCAAAGGCGUACCCCCCUCAACGUAUGGCGUCGCAGUCGGCCGCUUCGAGACCACGGAGUAGGUCCACGGCAGGCGGUGGUGCUGUACGUCGCGUGGUUUCCAAUGAGCAGCAACCUCCUAUGCCAUCUAUGCCGCGGCGAUCGUCAAGAAGGGAUGACGAUGACGUUCCGCUCAUCAACUUUGUGGAACGCGAAAGGGGCCGCGAUACGAGGCCUCGCAUGUCGCAGGGCAUGUCGCAAGGUCUCGGGCGGAGUGGUACCGUCAGGCACUGAGGGGUCACACGAGAGCGGAUGGCGGCGGCGCUCUGCUGAAGACUGGAAAGUGCCACCGACGUUGUAAAACCAAGAGAAAAAGAAGAAGAAGCGGGAGAGCGGAUCUUGCAGUGGACGCGAUUUAGGGCGCAUAGGGUGGUGUCAUUUAACAUGUAAGAUACCCGGAUGUUGACGUGACAAAAGCAUGUCGGUCACCAAAAAGCUUUUGGAGGGGGAACCAAAAAGAAGGAAACAUUUUGUUUUCUUUUAGUUUAUCUACCUGCCUA